GAUCUUGUGGGACACGUGUUAGAAGAAGCAGCUUUUGGUUCUCUUCUUUCUCUCUCCCUACGGAUGAACCUUCGACGAUCAAUUUCAUUCCACCUCUUCCUUCUUCCUCGGUUGAUUUCUCCUCCACGAUUCAUCACAAUCACUCUGUUGAUCUCCUCCACGAUCGAAGACUACGGCUCUCUCUCUCCAUGGAUGUGAUUGACGAAGAAUCAAGCAUGUUCUCGAUCGAAGACUCCGACUCUCUUUCUCGGUGGCUCUCUAGUCGGCGGGAAAAACGAGGACGUCUUUUUCGGUGGCUCUCCCCCACGAAGAAUCACGCCAUCUCUCUCUCGGCGGCUCUGAUUGAGGGAGAAUCACUCCGCGAUUCAUUUCUUCCUCGGUUGAUUUCUCCUCCACGAUUCAUCACAAUCACUCCGCCUCUAAAGCUAAGUUAUUUUGUUUCUAUGUUUGAAAUCCUUCAAUUCAUGCAUGCCUUAGCUUUGUUUGUUGUGUUGCAUUUUGUGUUCUGUUGGUUUGUGUCUCAAAGAUUAAGCAUACCGAAGUUUAAAAUUUUCCAUUUUGUUGAUAGAGAUUCCUAACACUCACCUAUAACAUGUUUUUCUCCAGGUAUAGUAAUAAUCCUGAGCUUCAGAACGAGGCAAAGAAAAAGCACUAUUGGCAUAUCAAUAGCAGCUGUCGCAGUUCUCUUGCUGCUAGCUGGAGGAGGUCUUGUUCUACUCUGUGUUCUCAGGAAGAAGAAAAGUGCUGAUAAAGGUAAUUCCACGGGGACUAAGAAAAAAGGUUUGGCAGCUUAUUCAGCUGUGAGGGGCGGACAUUUGUUAGAUGAAGGUGUAGCAUAUUUCCCUUCCUAUCCUUGAAGGGGCCACUGAUAAUUUCUCCAAGAGAGCUGGAAAAGGAAGCUUUGGGUCUGUUUACUAUGGUAGGAUGAAAGAUGGGAAAGAAGUUGCACAAGAUUCUGCCAAAGGUUUUGGAGUAAGAAUUAACUUUGUCUUUUAUAACACUCGUUGAUCCUCGUCCUCUGUGUCAUGGAGGAGCCUUGUGAGACACUCAACAAUAGUGAAGCCUUUCACAUGUCUAGAUAUCAUAGCUAUAACAAUCACAGCCCCAGAAUCUCCUCCCCCUGGUUGGAUCUGAGAGUGUUCUACGUCAGGAUAAGCAACUUCACGGUUGAAGAUUCAACCCCUGAGGCCCUCACCAUCAAUCACAUUCCUCUGGAUCCAGACACGCUUCUGGAGAUAAACGGUGUUAGGAUGAGCAUGUACUCGGAAGGGUGUUCUUCACAGCUUAGGAGGGAUCGUGUUGAUAAGAAAUCUGAAGAAGCUACUUACGUUAGCACAGACAAUAUCAGGUUAAAUGGUAGUGUAAAGUUUGAGGUUUAUGACAAGAAAGAGCUAGUUUUGUCUGGAACUCUUGAGAUUUCUGAUGGUAAUGGGUUCACGGGGGAGUCGAAGAAGCAGUGGAACAUGACUUGUGAAGCUGGGCUCACUGCAGGGUCUGGUUUCUUAAAGGAGAAGAGUAGAAAUGGUCAAGAGUUAUUGCCUGCUUUGCCAACUAUAGAGGUCUAUGUCACUGGCUGCUUCUCAGGAACACCCAUCAUCUUAACCAAGACUCUGCAGCUUGGUUUGAGAAAGAAGCAAAGUAGAAGAAUGGUAUUGGAUUCAAUUCCUGAGUAUGAAACUGCAGAAGAGCCUCAGAAAGACAUGUCCUCUGAGCUUGAUUUUCAGGCAACAGAAUACGCUAAUUACAAAGAGGAAUAUGAGGGAGACAUGUAUUGGAGAAGUGAAUGUUUAGAUGGAGAGAUGUCAUGGUUCAAUGCAGGUGUAAGGGUUGGUGUUGGGAUUGGACUUGGUGUCUGUGUUGGUCUUGGCAUUGGUGUCGGUCUUCUCGUACGUACUUAUCAAUCAACUACCAGAAACUUCAGGAGGAGGCUUCUCUAGUUGAAAUAAUAUAAGUACAUUUGCAGAUUUUUUCCUAGAAAUUUUGAAGAAUCGUUUUUAAAUGUUUGUUUUUCGGUGUGAUUGUGAUUAGAGACUUAGUGUGGGAUUGUUGGUAUCUGUUUUGAUGUAAAUAAGUGAUUGAGAGUUAUAAAAAAAGCUUUUGUA